AUGGGAGGCGGCCGGAGUUGCGCCGCCGCACAGGCCGAGCACAGGACGUCUUGGUGGAGGCGGAGGACUCGCCGGCCGCCAGCCAGUCAGUCGGUGGCGGUGCCGCCGCCCCAGGCAGGGCCGCCGCCCCCAGGCAGGGCCGCCGCCCCCGCCGCCUCCUCGCGCAGCGCAGGUUCAGACAUGCCGCGCCGCCGCCGGCCGCACACGGGCUCCCCCCCGCGCCGCGCGCGCCAAGACGAGCGGCCGCAGCAGCGCAACGCGGCCAACGCGCGCGAGAGGGCGCGCAUGCGCGUGCUCAGCAAGGCCUUCUGCCGCCUCAAGACCACGCUGCCCUGGGUGCCCGCCGACACCAAGCUGUCCAAGCUGGACACCUUGCGGCUGGCCACCAGCUACAUCGCCCACCUGCGCGCCAUCCUCACGGACGAGGACGUGCAGCCGUCCGCCCACCCGCUCACCCUGACGUGGCCCUUCAGCUUCCCGCAGCCGCCCCCGGCGCCGCCCCCGGGGCCCCGCGCCGCCGCCGGCUGGAGCCCGCGAGCGGCUCGCGACUCCAGCUCCCGCUCCUCGUCCGCCUGCUCGUCCACGUCGGGCCCUGACGGCGAGCUGGACGACGAGCCGGCUCCACCGGCGGCGCCCGCCUCGCACCACCAGCUCCACCAGCUCCACCAGCUCCACCAGCUCCACCCGUACCACCAGCUCCCCGACCAGCUGGCCAUGUCCGGGCUGCACAUGGUCUAGCCGCCCGGCUGUCUGCUCGCGGUGUCCUGCGAGAGAAGAGUGCGUCAGAGUGACUCCCAGCGUCGGGGAACACGAGAACAAACGGAAUCGAGAGCUGGCCUUCACAACUCGAGUCCUCGGGUCAGGCUGGCGCCUGGUUGGGCGCACGACGUCUACUCUCUGAAGAUGGAACUGAACAUACACUGCGUAUCAGUGAAAUAUGACCAAAAAAACACAGCUCUAUUAAGAUUUUUUAAACAGUUUUUCAGGGAAAUCCCACUGAUUCGCGGUGAUUUUUCACAGUAACAUGUUUGGAGUGUAACAACGUGGGCAUCGUGUGAGUUUUUGCUGAAGAUAGCUGUGUUUCGAGAGAGUGUAAACACCACAAGCUGCUGGUUGGGGAGAACUCUUGUAGCACAGGGGUUAUCGAGCUACUAGCUGCUGGCCCGACUGCCCUCGGACAGCGCUGGUGUGUUCGACUCGCGAGUGUCUGGCUGCUCUCGGGCACACAGUCCCAACACAAGCUGAUCCCUGUUCGUGGCGGUGUUUAAUUACACUUAGCUCUUUUCAGCUGUUCAACUUGGUUCCUUCUUUUCCACGUCCCUGUUGUUUCAAGGCCACUCCUGAUGAUUUUUCACUGAAAAGGAAUUUAUAAUAUCAUGUUAGGAUUGGGGCCAUUUUCAUAAUUAAAAUGUAUGGUAAGGUUAAUUACAUCAUAGCAACACAAUAUAGGUCUAGUUUAAGUUUCUCUGCCUAUAAAAUACAAACAAUUUAUACUUCAUGCCUACAUUUAAAUAAUUAGAAGAAAGCAAAAUCUUGUAUGCUUUUACGUUGCUAGACAAUCAACAUAGGCCUAAAGAAUUUGUUUUAAACAAAACUAUACUGUUUUAACGCAAAUUAUCACUAUAGCAUGAGUUUUACUCGGAACAAAAAAUAAUCGAAGUUUUUAUAAGACUUCAAGGCGGAUCAGAACAGCCUAAUUUUUUAUAAAAUUUUAUACCAUAAAAUGUUUGUCUAAUCAAGUACAGUGGCAAACAGGGAGUUUUCACAAGUUUGGUUAUUGAAAUUUUAUGCGUAAGCUCUUUGAAACCAAAUAUAGUUGUGUUCCUCUAUACCACUCGUAAAAAGAGUUGGAAUAUUUCAGACAGCAACAGUUUUCUUUAAAUUUUUUUAUCAAUGAUAAAAAUCACUCAAAUACAAUCGAAAAUUUUGGAAUAGAGUUGCUUUAUAACAGCAUUUGGUAACCCAACAUCCUACCUAAAACGAUUCUUUGAUAAGUUAUUAACAUUAAAUGGACUAUCUAUCCUAAACAAAUGUAUGGAAAAUUUACCACUAAAAAUUGCACCUAUCUUAAAUGUGUUAAGGAAAAUGUAAAAUGCACAGGAAAUUAGCCAUAUGGUAAUGUCCCACACGAUUUUCUAUGUUUAAUUCUUCAAUAUAUGUUUGAUAACUUUACCAAAACGUACUUACUGUGUAGACCAAACUCGUGGAAACUUAAAAAUACGUGAAUUAAAUUUAUUUUUAUUAUUUAUUUUUAUUUUUUCGAACACGUAAUGUUGACUGGUUUUGUUAAAAGCGUUUUCAUUUUUUUGUGUGUUUAACUUUUUUGUUUAAAAUAAAUCCUUUCAUCAGAAUGCUGUAUUUUCAAUCAAUGUAUUACAUUAAAGUAUGCUAUACUCAUGCGAAAUUUGUGGGUAUUAUCGAAUUUGUUAUAAUUGUAACAUUGUGUAUAAUCAGCCUAGUGCAAUGAUAAUUUAUGUAUUGUGUACUGAGUAAAAUGAGUACCAAUAAAUCUUGAUUUUACUAGUAA